AUGAAGCCCAUCAACGCACUCCUCAACGACUUUUCUCAUCCGGAUUGGGAUACACUGAAGGAAUGGUUCCUCCCAGACGCAGGCGUGACUCUGUACCGUCCACCGUCUGAGCCAGCGCCCAUGACAUUGGAGCAGUCCAUACGGCGUCUACAAAACAUGAUCAAGAGCGGCAUCACCAUGCAAGAAAAGCUUCACCACGCUCAGGUGCGGAAGCAUGGAGAUUUGGCUUUGGUAUGGGCGCCUUUUGUGGUGGAGAUUAAUGGACAGGCCAUGCAUCACGGUGUGAAUGCCUUUACGCUAUUCAAGAAGAGUGAUAAGUGGUGUUUUGGAGGAUGUCAGGACUAUGGGGUUCCUAUAAGCGGAUGA